AUGAAAUUUGCGUUAUACGUUGUUGGUCUUCUUUUCCUGAGUCAGGAGGCAGUUGCCUAUAAGAAAGUCCAUCGUCCCAAGGUUAAAGAGACAACAUCGGAAGAAGUGAAACCAUGGAUCCGUACAAUCUAUGAAAGCCAAGUGGAAAUAGUGACUCCUACUGUUAUUGCCGGUGUCACUUUCUCCGGCAGACCUGCUCCCACUCCUGAUCCAUUAGAACCUUGGGUCUCAUUAAAGAAAGACGGUACUCCUCAAACUAUUAAGCCAGAAUUGAAAAAUGGUCGUACAAAGAAGGGUAGACCAGAAUAUUCAACGUAUUUCAAAACUUUAAGUGUGAUGACUUAUUCAUUUGAGGAUUUGAAAGCUCAUAAUAUGGAUCCUAACGAUGUACAUGAAGAAGAAGUAUAUGUUGAUGAAGAUGAUACUUAUAUUUCCUUAAAUCCUAUUAUUAGAUGUACUCCAGAUCGUUAUUUUUAUAAGGGGGUAGCUAAAGAUAUUCCAAGUGAGCCAUUUUGUACACCUCGUGAAAACUCCAUGUGGAAAGUCGGUAAGACUUAUUUCGUUUCUUGGUAUACUAGAUUCUUGGAAGAUGAACAUUCAGGUGAGGUUGUCGAUAAAGUUCGUAUUCAUUUAUCCUAUGUGAAGGAAAAAGCCAGCGAAAAGGGCUACCAUAAGAGAGAUAUUCCAGCAACAUUUUUCUCAUCUGAAUGGGUUAAAAACGCUGAUGGUAUUUACCCAAUUGAAAUUGAUGAAGAUUGGUUACAAGGCCAAUAUGAACGUAGAGUUGUUGUUUCUGUCCAACCUUUCAAUGUUCCAGAUGAUGAAUUUAACCCAUUAUUGAAUGGUGUCCUAUUAUAUAUAAUGAUGGGUUCUAAAGUGGGUAAGACUACUAAAGAAGAAUGGGCCCUUAUUGAUGCUGGUAUUAGUGAUGAGAAAUGGUACUAUGUGGCAAUUACUAUCCCAACAAUUGUCGUUGUCGUUGUGGUUUUCCUUUACUUCUUCCUACAUGUGAAUGGUCGUUAUAGAGACUUUUCUGAUGUUACUAAAGCCACAUUGGGCAAGAAACAUCGUGUUUUAGGUAAGAUUUCGGAUAUGAAACGUUUCAAGAAGAUGAAGAACCAUAAAUACGAUGAACUACCAAGUUUCAAAAAGCCAAGUAAGCAACACUAG